AUGGAUCAGUCCGUGAACAAUCUCUCAGAAGCUUUGAGAGACGCCAGCAAGCCUCCUGCGAACUCCGAAACCUCCACCCUCGCCGAUCAGCAUCCUACGGAACAGCAAAGCGCGGAGGCCGUCAAGGACAAAUGGAGGUUAACAUCGACGGUGAAAAGCUUCCAUGAGCGAGAAGCUGCAUCCGGAUUGGGUGACCGGAAACUUGGCGUGACCUGGCAGGGCCUGACAGUCAAGGCCAAAAGUCAGGAUGCAGCCGUGAAUGAGAAUGUAUUCUCGCAGUUCAAUCUCUCUCGCCUAGUACAAAAGUCUAGGCGGAAACCUAUGCUGAAAACCAUUGUCAGCAAUAGCCAUGGCUGUGUCAGACCGGGUGAAAUGCUGCUUGUACUUGGGCGUCCUGGUGCAGGAUGCACAACACUGCUUCGCGCGCUUUCGAACAGACGUGAAGGCUAUGAGUCUAUUGAAGGGAAUGUUCAUUACGGGACAAUGACACAUGAUCAAGCUGCACGUUACCGCAGCCAGAUUGUCAUGAAUACCGAAGAGGAAUUGUUCUUCCCAACCUUGACAGUUGGCCGGGCAAUUGAUUUCGCAAGCCGUCUGAAAGUUCCGUAUCAGCGUCCCGAUGGUCUCUCGCAGGAGGCCUAUCAACAGGAGAUGAAGGAUUUCCUCUUGGAUUCGAUGGGAAUUGCUCAUACAGCAGACACCAAGGUCGGCAACGAAUUUGUACGGGGCGUUUCUGGCGGCGAGCGCAAGCGAGUUUCCAUCAUCGAGGCCCUCGCAACUCGCGGCUCAGUGUUCUGUUGGGAUAACAGUACACGAGGGUUGGACGCCAGCUCCGCAUUAGAAUGGGCAAAGGCUAUCAGAGCACUUACUGACGAGUUUGGGCUGGCGAGCAUCGUGACACUCUACCAGGCAGGAAAUGGCAUCUACGAGCUGUUUGACAAGAUUAUGGUUCUUGAUCAAGGCGAGCAGAUAUACUAUGGCCCAACUGCGGUGGCUCGAAAAUCCAUGGAGGAUCUCGGCUUUGUGUGCGCGGACGGGGCAAAUGUUGCCGACUUUCUGACAGGCGUAACUGUCCCAACCGAGCGUCAAAUCCGGCCUGGCUACGAACAUCGGUAUCCUCGAGACGCAUUGGCCAUUCGCAAGGCGUAUGAAGAAUCUCCCACCCACGGCAUCAUGACAAAGGAAUAUGAUUAUCCGGCUUCGCAUACAGCCAAAGAGAACACCGAAGCUUUCCAACGGACCAUCGACUUGGAAAGACACGCCAGCCUUCCGAAACAGAGCAGCCUGACAACCAGUUUCCCCAACCAAGUUCGCGCAUGCGUUCUGCGUCAGUACCAAAUUCUGUGGGGUGAUAAAUCGACCUUUAUUAUCAAACAGGUAUCAACUUUGGUCCAGGCUCUAGUUGCAGGGUCACUCUUCUACAACGCGUCUCCCGACUCCUCCGGGCUGUUUAUCAAGGGAGGAGCUCUCUUUUUCUCUCUUUUGUUCAACUCUUUGAUGUCAAUGUCAGAGGUUGUUGACUCCUUCACUGGUCGCCCUGUGCUGUUGAAGCAUAAAUCCUUUGCUUUAUUUCACCCAUCCGCUUUCUGCAUCGCUCAAAUAGCUGCAGAUAUUCCAGUCAUUAUUUUCCAGAUCAGCAUCUUUUCCAUAGUCAUCUAUUUCAUGGUGGGCUUGACCAUGUCCGCAUCUGCUUUUUUCACAUAUUGGAUUGUCCUUUUCGCAGGCACUAUGUGCAUGACGGCGAUGUUUCGCGCAGUCGGCGCUGCCUUUGAUUCUUUUGAUGCAGCUUCGAAAGUCUCGGGAUUUUUGAUUUCUGCGUUGGUCAUGUACACAGGCUACAUGAUCCAGAAGCCCAAAAUGCACCCAUGGUUCGUCUGGAUCUUCUGGAUCGAUCCGCUAUCAUACGCCUUCGAAAGCCUGAUGGGAACGGAAUUCCAUGGCAAGACAAUUGAUUGUGUUGCCAAUAAUUUGGUUCCGAACGGCCCUGGAUACAAUGAUUCGACUUAUCAAUCCUGCGCUGGUGUAGGUGGUGCGCCAACAGGCGCAGUCUCCCUGACAGGAGAUCAGUACCUGGCAUCUCUGAGCUACAACCAUUCGCACGUCUGGCGAAACCUCGGCAUCGUCUUUGCGUGGUGGGCUCUCUUUGUCGCCAUCACUGUCGUGUCAACAUCGCGCUGGCGCGACAGAUCCAACGGCGCAUCGCUUCUCAUACCACGCGAACGGCUAGCUGUCCACAAGAAGUUCAACUCAGACGAAGAAUCUCAACUCAAGGCCACUCAGCCCGUUUUAGAGGCGGACAAAAAGGAGUCCACCGAAGGGUCCGGCCUAGCCGACAAGCAGCUCAUUCGAAACACGUCGAUUUUCACCUGGAAAAAUCUCUCCUAUACUGUCAGCACGCCUUCCGGCGAUCGUGUUCUUCUUGACAACAUUUACGGAUGGGUCAAACCAGGGAUGCUUGGGGCACUGAUGGGCUCGUCUGGUGCAGGGAAGACGACUCUACUUGAUGUCCUAGCACAGCGCAAGACCGAAGGUACCAUUCGUGGCUCAAUCAUGGUUGAUGGACGGCCUCUUCCUGUGUCUUUUCAGCGAUCUGCUGGCUAUUGUGAGCAACUUGAUGUUCAUGAACCGUUUGCAACAGUCAGGGAGGCCCUCGAGUUCUCAGCGCUUCUCCGUCAGCCAAGAGAUAUUCCUGAAAAAGACAAACUUGCGUAUGUUGACACAAUAAUCGACCUUCUUGAGCUUCAUGACAUCGCGAAUACGUUGGUUGGCAAGGUAGGGGCUGGUUUGAAUGUCGAACAGAGGAAGCGAGUUACUAUCGGCGUUGAGUUGGUCUCCAAGCCAAGCAUCCUUAUCUUCCUCGAUGAGCCAACAUCUGGGCUUGACGGUCAAUCCGCCUAUAAUACAGUCAGAUUCCUCCGAAAGCUCGCGGACGUAGGCCAGGCUGUUCUGGUCACCAUUCAUCAGCCCUCAGCACAGCUAUUCUCCCAAUUCGAUACUCUGUUAUUACUUGCGCGCGGAGGCAAGAUGGUCUACUUUGGAGAUAUUGGAACUGGUGGGCAGACCGUCAAGGAUUAUUUCGGCCGUUACGGAGCACCGUGCCUACCUGGAGUCAACCCGGCAGAGUAUAUGAUCGAUGUUGUUUCUGGACAGCUGUCUCAGGGCAAGGACUGGAACAAAACAUGGUUGAACUCCCCUGAACAUGCGCGCAGACACGCCGAGCUUGAGGAACUCAUCGCCGACGCUGCAAGCAAAGAACCUGGAACCAAGGACGAUGGGAACGAGUUCGCCAUGCCGAUUUGGGCGCAAACCAAAAUCGUCACCAAACGAAUGAAUACUGCGCUCUACCGGAAUACCGACUACAUCAACAAUAAGCUGAUGCUGCAUGUCUUUUCCGCGCUUUUCAACGGCUUCUCGUUCUGGAUGGUCGGCGAUUCGGUGAAUGACCUUCAGCUACGCUUGUUCACCAUCUUCAACUUUGUGUUUGUCGCAGCGGGCGUGAUUAACCAGCUCCAGCCUCUUUUCAUCGAGAGACGCGACAUCUACGACACUCGUGAAAAGAAGUCGAGGAUGUAUUCGUGGAAAGCCUUUGUUACUGCGCUUAUUGUGUCGGAGUUCCCGUAUCUAUGUGUCUGUGGUAUUCUCUAUUUUGUUUGCUGGUACUACACUGUUGGAUUCACAUCUGCUUCGAACAAAGCAGGCGCCACCUUUUUCGUCAUGUUGAUGUAUGAAUUCCUCUACACUGGAAUCGGCCAGUUCAUUGCGGCCUAUGCACCCAACGCAGUGUUUGCAUCCCUUGCCAACCCAUUGCUUCUUGGUGUUCUGGUGUCUUUCUGCGGCGUGAUGGUUCCCUACGCCGCAAUUCAGCCGUUCUGGCGGUACUGGAUGUAUUAUCUGAAUCCAUUCAAUUAUCUCAUGGGAAGCAUGCUUGUCUUCGACAUUUUCGACACGACCGUUACAUGCAGCGAUGGGGAAUUUGCGAAAUUUGAUCCCCCUGCAGGCCAGACAUGUGCAGACUAUCUGGCUUCAUUUUUGGAGGGAAUGGGAUCUCGGUCAAACCUUGUCAAUCCAGACGCCACAAGUGAGUGCAGAGUCUGUGAGUACAGAACUGGGGCCGACUAUCUCUAUACCAUCAACCUGAAAGACUACUACUACGGUUGGAGAAACACUGCGAUUGUGGUCAUCUUCGUCUUCAGCUCCUACGCGCUGGUCUACCUGAUGAUGAAACUUCGGACCAAGGCAUCGAAGAAGGCUGAGUAA